AACGAAGGGUGGGAAGUCCUUAGCAUCCUGACUUCAACAAGAACACACACCCUCAUACAACAAAAUGGCACAAAUGGCACUUUCAUUAUACUUUAACAAAAAGCACAAUGAAUGUGUUCUGGAGGAGCUGGAGGUCGGAGACAUGGUGGAGUUUCCGAAUUUUUUAUAUUCUCACUGGGGAGUCUAUAUAGGUGAUGAACACAUUGUCCAUCUGACGGGGGAUGAAGCGACCAAUGCAGGCGCCAGUGGAUCUUUUGCCAGUGGGUCAUUCUUCAACGUUUCUGGCGUUCUGCUUGACAAAGCCUGUGUUAAGAUUGACCAUUUUUUGAAAGUUGCUGAAGGGUGUAUGGCAAAACGGAACAACGGCAAAGACCACAUUCUGAGCGCUGCUGGUAUUUAUCCACGCCCUAGCGACGAAAUCGUGAGAACAGCAUUGGCUUUGAGAAGUGAGGCAGACUACGAUAUUUUUUCGAACAACUGCGAACAUUUCGCCUCCUACCUUCGAUACGGCGCAAAAUGGUCUGACCAGGCUGAUCUCGCUCUCGGUACGGUUCUAAUAGGAGGAGCUGCUGUCGUUAUUGGAAGCUUACUCAGGUCUUUCUUUCAACGCGAGAAGUGACAAUAUUCUACUGCAUCAGUGCUACAACUCUUCUAUUUUUCGGAAAAAAUCCUGACAAAUGCUCAAGGGUAUGGUUUUCGAGAAAAAUAUCAACAUAAACAGUUGUUACAAUAUAUUUAUCUCCUUUCAGGUCACAUUCGUCUUUUUUUGUCAAACGCUUAUUCCUCCUGAAACAGUUGACAUGGACUUUUUACUUGACGUAUCAUUAACACCAGCAUUCUAGGAAUUCCAGGGUUUACGCUCUGCUACGUAUCUUUUUACACCCCUGGAAUAUGCCAUGAAGAAAUCGAAGGCUCUAUAUAAGCGAUCUUUUGGAUGAUAAAACAGCCUCUGAUAAAAACAGGAAAUGGAUCGCGCAAUUGUGUAACGGUAAAAUUGGCCGCUCUCUUGUUAAAAUAAGAGGAUAUGUAUCAGCCUAACGAUGAGUCGUUUUUGUUUAUUAUUUUAU